AUGAAUGGAGAUGACAUGGUUCCAGGACCUCCAGGGACUGAUAGGAAAUCCGUCAUCUCAGCUGUCAUUUUAUUCUUUGUGUGCCUGUUGGCAGUGGUGAGCAAUGGCUUCAUCACUUCAGCCCUGUGCAUGGAAUGGUUGCUACGGAGAACACUGUUGCCUUGUGAUAAGUUAUUGGUCAGCUUAGGAGCCUCUCGCUUUUGUCUGCAGUGGGUGGUGAUGGGUAAGAUUUUCUAUAUUUUGUUGAAUCCAAUGGCCUUCCCAUACAACCCUAUGCAUCAGUUCUUCGCCUUCCAGUGGGACUUUCUGAAUAGUCUCACCUUAUGGUUCUCUACCUGGCUCAGUGUCUUCUACUGUGUGAAAAUUGCAACCUUCACUCACCCUGCCUUCCUCUGGCUAAAGUGCAGGCUGUCUAAGUGGGUACCAUGGAUGCUGCUCAGCUCCUUGGGGGUCUCUAACUUGAACACCAUUCUAUUUUUCAUAGGCAACUAUGAAGUGUAUCAGAACUAUUUAAGGAGAGAUCUGCAACCUUGGAAUGCCACCGAGACUAGCGUGAGGAGCUUCUAUGAGAGAUUCUACUUCUUUUCUCUAAAAAUGAUUUCUUUUACAGUGCCCACUGUUGUCUUUAUCAUUUGCAUGGCUUUGCUAACCAUAUCUCUGGGAAAACACUUGAAGAAGGCCUUCGUGACUAUCUCAGGUUUUCGAGACCCCAGUGCUCAGGCCCACAUCAAGGCUCUCCUGGCUCUCAUCUCCUUUGCCAUUCUCUUCAUCUCCUCUUUCCUGUCACUGGUGAUCCAUGCUGCAGGUAUGUUUCCAGUGUGGGAAUUUCGAUACUGGACAUGGCAGGUAGUGAGCCAUCUGUGCAUGGCAGUUCACCCCAUCAGUCUAAUCUUCAGCAACCCCAAGUUGAAAGCUGUGCUGGAGAGAGGCUGUUCCUCAAGGUAG